AUGUCUCGGAGUGAAGCUGACCAUUCAGUAUUUUUCCACCAUAAUGGCCAUGAUAAGUGCAUUUAUCUCGUUGUUUAUGUUGAUGACAUUGUUAUUACAGGAAAUGAUCAUGUUGGGAUCUCAAAACUCAAACAACACUUGUCCAGUCAUUUUCAGACUAAGGAUCUUGGGAAGCUAAAGUAUUUCUUAGUGAUUGAAGUGGCACAAUCCAAGACAGGUAUCGCCAUUUUUCAAAGGAAAUAUGCUUUGGAUAUACUGAUAGAGACGGGCAUGUUAGAUUGUAGAUACGCAGAUACUGCUAUGGAUCCAAAUGUCAAACUUGUUCCUGGACAGGGGGAGCCAUUGGAGGAUCCUGGUAGAUACCGGAGAUUGGUUGGAAAACUCAAUUAUCUUACAAUCACACGCCCAGACAUCUCAUUUGCUGUAAGUGUGGUCAGUCAGUUCCUUCAAGCACCAUGUAGUAGUCAUUGGGAUGCAGUUAUUCGGAUACUCAGAUAUAUUAAAGGAGCUCCAGGACAAGGCCUAUUAUAUGAAGACAGGGGUCAUUCACAGAUUAUUGGUUACUCAGAUGCAGAUUGGGCAGGUUCUCCUUCAGACAGACGGUCUACUUCAGGAUAUUGCAUUAUGAUUGGAGGUAAUUUGAUUUCUUGGAAAAGUAAGAAGCAAGAUGUGGUUGCUAGGUCAAGUGCAGAAGCAGAAUAUCGAGCUAUGGCUUUGGCAACUUGUGAACUUAUAUGGUUGAAACAACUUCUCCAAGAGUUGAAGUAUGGGGAACUUAAAUAAAUGCAGCUAAUCUGUGACAAUCAAGCUGCACUUCACAUUGCCUUUAACUCAGUGUUUCAUGAGAGAAUGAAACAUAUAGAGGUGGAUUGUCAUUUCAUCAGAUAAAAGAUUGAAUCUGAGUGUAUUGCCACUAGCUUUGUUAGCUCAAAUGACCAAUUAGCAGAAAUCUUGACAAAAUCUUUCAGAGGCUUUCGGAUUGAAUAUAUUUGUAACAAGCUUGGAGCAUAUGAUUUGUACGCUCCAGCUUGAGGAGGAGUGUUAAGAUAUGUACCAUAAAUAGCUAGGAUAUGUGUAUCUGUAGUGAUUGUGUGAAUAUAUUUAGGUGCUAGAAUCGUGGCUAUAAUUACGUAUUUAAUUAGGAUUGUGUUUCCUAUUUAGUUGUCCUGUACAGAUUAUAAAUUGACAUCAUUGGCUUGAGGGAAUAAUCAAGCUCUUCAAUCAUUCUCAAUAUUCUUCUU